GGAGAGAGUGAGAGAGAUCAUCUCACCCGCAACCACCCUCCCCCACCGAACUCGCUGUCGAUAUGCUCAUUUGAAGGUUUAAAUCCUGUCUUGAACCGGAAAUAUUUGGUUUGGCAUGCGUGCUUGACAUCUCAGCAGCUUGCACCGCCAUAUAAAGCCACCGCCACCCAGAAGACCGGAACCAGCUCGUUCUCCACCUAUUGUCGUGCGAGGUUCCCUGCCUCUUUUGCCCUGCUUUGCGUUUGUGCCGCUCUCUCCAGGUUUGAGACCAGCACUGGAAGCUAACUCGUGGCUCUGACCUGGUGUCUAACAUCGUGUUUGUCGGCAGCGGUGCUGACAACGUGCCGAACGGAUGGAAUACUUACCGACGGAAGGGCUCGAUAUGCCCUCCGCGGCCCCGUAUCUGAGCCAAGCGCUGGGCGGUGGAACCGUCGACUUGGAUAACAUCAAUGGGGGUUUGAUGGGUCUGAAUGUAAGAGUAGAAGAUCCUCCGAAAUUCGAAUUAGAGUCAUACAUCGCGAACUAUACUGGCCGGACCAGGUACAAUCGACUAUAUGUCAUCGGCACAUGCUCCACACAUCUUGCCGUCGACGCACUCAAAGCCGCAGUUGCCGAAGCCAAGGGUGGUAAAGAUGUCACUAGAUACGAAAGAGCUGUGCGAGCUUUUGCAGAGGUUGUCCCAAAUGACCCCGAGGCCACACUCGACAUGCACUGGGUGGAUCACAUGCAGAAAGUUGUGAAGGCUGAAACAGACAGAUUAGAGCAUGAACUCAAGGGCUACAAGAACAACUUAAUCAAGGAGAGCAUACGGAUGGGCAAUGAAGAUCUUGGCCAGCAUUACCAUCUCAUCGGCGAUCUUUCAUCGGCAUCCAAGGCAUAUUCUCGUAUGCGAGAUUACUGUACAACUCCAACCCACAUCGUCUCGAUGCUCUUCAAGAUCAUCAAUGUAGCGAUCGAGCGAGGAGACUGGCUGAGCGUACAGUCCAACGUCCACCGUUUACGCAAUCUGCAAUCGAAGCAGGAAGAACAGGCCAAAGUCCAACCCAAGCUAUCCGCCGCGUUAGGCCUCUCCCAGCUACAUUCUGGUUCCUAUCUGGACGCAGCCUACAGCUUCCUGAGCACGGACCCGAGCCUCGGCGACUCGUACACGGAGGUGCUCACGUCCAACGACGUGGCCGUAUACGGUGGCCUCUGCGCGCUGGCCUCGAUGAACCGCAACGAGCUCCAGCGGCGCGUUCUCGACAACAACUCCUUCCGCAACUUCCUCGAGCUGGAGCCCCAGAUCCGCCGUGCGAUCGCCUUCUUCUGCAAUUCCAAGUUCCGCUCCUGUCUGGAGAUCCUCGAGGCCUACAAAGCGGACUACCUGCUCGACAUCCACCUGCAACGCCACGUCCAAACUCUCUUCACCCGCAUCCGCACCAAAUCUAUUCAGCAAUAUCUCAUCCCGUUCAACCGCGUGACACUGGAUUCCAUGUCCAAGAUGUUCGCUCCCGGCACGGACGGCCAGCCGACCGACCUCAAUUCGCCCUUCGUGCAGGAACUGAUCGCCCUAAUCCAGGAUGGCACGCUGGAUGCCCGCAUCGAUCUGGAGAAGAACGUACUGGUGUCCAAGCAGGUCGACCUCCGCACUGAGGUGCAGGAGGCCGUCCUUGACAAUCUGGAGAACUACGUGCGGGAGGCGCACAUCCGCAUGCUGCGCUCCAACAUUAUCCGUGCUGGAUUGGAGGUGCGUGCCGACGACAACACCACCACCAAGGAGAUUCGCGGUAAGAGGUCCGAUGGGUAUGGGUCCGCCACCUUGUCACGGGGCCCGAGUUUGUUCCAAUGAAGUCCAAUUUUGGCAAUUAUGUAGC